AUGCGAAACGUUAACCAGUCAGCAAGUAUUUGGUCGAUGAUUCCUUGUAUCACUACGCAUAAAAGAAAACGAAUGUGUAUUAUAUUUUGUGCUAUCACCGUUAUCUUGCUCGUAUUGGUUACGGCUAUUGCAACACCUAUCGUUAUCAUCAUGAAAAAAAGAUAUUCAACAACAGAAAAAUCAACUGUUACUACAAUGGAAAAACGAAGUACAGCAAUAACAGAAAGAAAAACGACAAAAGGACAUUCAUCUUUUCCAAUUAAUUCAAAUACCAAAUGGAAACCAAAUCCAGUUAUUAUUAGCGCAGUAAAUGACUUAGAUCGAUUACAUAGCCCUAUUGGCAUCUAUAUUGAUGAUGAUAGUCGAUCAAUUUAUGUUGCAAGUUGGGGAGGAGUCGGGCAAUGGAAUAAAUCNAUAGCAGUUCUAUUCAUAAUGACAAUUGAUCCAAAACAAUCCACAGCAGCGUUUGCCCUGAUUCAUGAUUUUAGUGCUAUUCCAGGCGAAAAUGAAGUACUCUUUUCAAUGCAUAGUGUGUUUCGUAUUCAAGAUAUCAAACAGAUAAAGGGAAAUAUCAAACUCUUCGAAGUAAAAUUGAUACUUACGAGUGAUAAUGACAAAGAUUUACAUGCACUGACGGAACAAAUACGAAAGGAGAGUUUUUCAGACACAGAGGGAUGGUACAGAUUGGGUUUAGUAUUACUUAAAUUGGGUCAGAAUAACAAAGCUGAAGAGAUUUAUGAAAUGCUACUUGAUCAAACAACGAAGGAGAGUGAAAAGGCACGACUUUUUCAUCAACUAGGUUGGAUUAAAUACAACCAAGGAAAAUAUGAAGACGCAAUGAGAUUCCAUGAAAAAUCACUUGCCUUUAAAGAAAGCACGCUUUCUCCCGAAGAUCCUGGUUUGGCUUCAUCUUACAGCAACACUGGUGCGGUGUACUCCAAUAUAGGUGACUAUCCGAAAGCUCUUUCAUUUUAUGAAAUGGCGCUUGCAAUCAAACAACAAGCACUUCCUCCAAACCAUCCUGAUUUGGCUUCAUCUUACAGCAACAUCGGUUUGGUUCAUUCCAAGAUGGGUGACUAUCAAAAAGCUCUUGCAUAUUACGAAAAAGCCCUUUCAAUUCAACAACAAUCACUUCCACCAAAUCAUCAUGAUCUAGCUUCAUCGUACAACAACAUCGGUUUGGUUUAUUCCAAGAUGGGUGACUAUCAAAAAGCUCUUUCAUAUUACGAAAAAGCCCUUCCUAUUCAACAACAAUCACUGCCUCCACAUCAUCCUGAUUUGGCUAUGUCUUAUAACAACAUCGGUUUGGUUUAUUUCCAUAUAGGUGACUAUUCAAAAGCUCUUUCAUACUAUGAAAAAGCGCUUGACAUAAGUCAACAAUCACUUCCUUCAAACCAUCCUGAUUUGGCUUCAUCGUACAACAACGUCGGUUUGGUGUAUUCCAAGAUGGGUGACUACGAAAAAGCUCUUUCAUACUAUGAAAAAGCCCUUCUAAUUAAACAACAAUCACUUCCACCAAAUCAUCCUGAUUUGACUUCAUCUUACGCCAAUAUCGGUUUGGUGUAUGCCAACAUAGGUGACUAUUCAAAAGCACUUUUACAUUACGAGAAGGACGUUGAAAUAAGUCAACGGUCAUUUCCUCCAAAUCAUCCUAAUCUGGCUUCAUCUUACAACAACAUUGGUUUCGUGUAUUCCAAGAUGGGUGACUACGAAAAAGCUCUUUCAUACUAUGAAAAAGCCCUUGACAUAAGUCAACAAUCACUUCCUUCAAACCAUCCUGAUUUAGCUUCAUCCUACAACAAUGUCGGUUUGGUGUAUUUUCGCAUAGCUGACUAUGAAAAAGCUCUUUCAUACUAUGAAAAAGCCCUUACAAUCAAACAACAAUCACUUCCUCCAAAUCAUCCUAAUCUGGCUUCAUCUUACGCCAAUAUCGGUUUGGUGUAUGUCAACAUAGGUGACUAUUCAAAAGCACUUUUACAUUAUGAGAAGGACGUUGAAAUAAGUCAACAAUCACUUCCUCCAAAUCAUCCUAAUCUGGCUUCAUCUUACAACAGCAUCGCUUUCGUGUAUUCCAAGAUGGGUGACUACGAAAAAGCUCUUUCAUACUAUGAAAAAGCCCUUCUAAUUCAACAACAAUCACUUCCACCAAAUCAUCCUGAUCUAGCUUCAUCGUACAACAACAUCGGUGCAAUGUGCGAAAACACGAAGAACUAUUUAAAAGCCUGUUCAUUUUAUGAGCGUGCUGUACAAAUUGGAGAAAAGUCACUACCAGCAAAUCAUCCUGCUCUUCCACAACGAAGAAAAAAUCUCGAACGUGUGAAAAAUAAGUUAUAA